UCACAUUAAGCGACCUCUUCCGCGAGGAUCGCCUUCCAGCCUAUGUGCGACCUUUAACGCCGCGUACUGUUGUCAUUUUGUACUUUGUCCCUACACAUGAUCCCGAGAUAUCGAAUAUGUUCCUUAUGAGGAGAGCUGCCGUGCUGCCACUCUCACGGAGCACAUGCUGUCGGACAUUUUGUGCCUCGAAAAGUCUUAAGAUGGAAAGAAAAGGUUUGGUCCUGGGAGUUUUUGAGAAGAAGGAAGAGGAAGGCAGCCAUCAUUUGACUGAGGCAGCAGCAGGUUUUGACCGCCAAGUGUCUGGAAAAUUGUCCGAAUUACUGAAAAUUUCUGGACCGUCGCUCAAGAAAGGAAAAAGCAGAGUUUUCUAUGGAGUCCACAAGGACUUCCCGUGUGUUGCCGUGGUCGGUCUAGAUGAUGUCACGGCCGGCGUGUGCCAAGCAGAAAACUGGGACUCCGCCAAGGAGAACAUCCGCACGGCUGUGGCAGCCGGCUGCAGGGUUCUCCAGGACCUGGACGUGAGCCAUGUGGAGGUGGAUGGCUGCGGUGACCCUCAGGCGGCAGCAGAGGGCGCCUUACUGGGCCUGUUUCAUUACGAUCAGCUGAAAUCUAAGAAAAAGCCCAAAGUGAUUGUUCAGCCUCAUGCCAGUUCUGAUGUGGCAGCAUGGGAGAAAGGAGUGCUGUACGCCGAAGGCCAAAACCUAGCCCGCCUCCUCAUGGAAGCCCCGGCCAAUCACAUCACUCCCACCGUGUUUGCCAAGACCAUUGAAGAGCGGCUGGCGCAAUAUGGCGACCGGGUCGUAGUCCAUAAGCGAUCUCAGGAGUGGAUCGAGGAGCAAGGGAUGGGCGCCUUUCUCAGUGUGUCCAAAGGCUCCGAGGAGCCCCCGGUCUUCCUGGAGCUGCACUACCAGGGCUCACCCGACAGUGCCCAGGCCCCGCUCCUUCUGGUGGGCAAGGGCAUCACCUUCGACAGCGGCGGCAUUUCUCUGAAGCCUUCCGCUUCCAUGGAUAUGAUGCGAGCCGACAUGGGCGGAGCCGCCACCGUGUGCGCCGCGGUCGUCACGGCAGCGGCCCUCAAGCUGCCCGUCAACGUCAUCGGCUUAACUCCGCUGUGCGAGAACAUGCCUAGCGGCAAGGCGACCAAACCAGGUGAUGUCGUAACGGCAAAGAAUGGGAAAACCAUUCAGGUGGACAACACCGAUGCAGAAGGCCGGCUCGUCCUCGCCGACGCGCUCUGUUACGCACAUACCUUCAACCCCAGGGCUGUUGUUAAUGUUGCUACGCUAACAGGCGCCAUGGACGUCGCGCUGGGCUCGGCGGCGACGGGAGUCUUCACCAACUCGGAUUGGUUAUGGGAGCAAAUGCACAAGGCCAGUAUGGUGACAGGCGACCGAGUGUGGCGGAUGCCUUUGUUCCAGCAUUACACCAGACAGGUGACGGACAGCCAGCUGGCCGACCUCAACAACAUCGGCAAAUACAGCAGGUCGGGCGGUGCGUGCACGGCAGCGGCCUUCCUGAGAGAAUUUGUCACGUCGCCGCACUGGGCUCAUCUGGACAUCGCAGGAGUGAUGAGCAAUAAGGAUGAAAUCCCGUACUUGAAGAAGGGCAUGUCGGGAAGGCCCACACGUACCCUGGUUGAGUUUGCAGCCGCGUUGGCACACAAUAAAUGAGCAAAUUUGUAAA